UUUAUUCGCGUAAACUAGAGCGCUCACAGCGCUUAGUGAUUUUUAAGUUACUUGACGGUCGAGGGAGGUCACGAAAAAGGGAAAGACUCGAGGAUCGCGAUCCAAAUAGGACUCGCGACCUGGAAGUCCUUCCUGAGUCCAUGCGGAAGCACGUGGCCUAAGGUCAAGUCGGAGGGAUGAGCAAGGAUUGUGGACUUUGUGGGAUUUAUCCCCGGUGGCUGCGAGAUCGUGCCACUCCGAAGAGUUUUAUUGCGGUCUAUGGCCUCCUCGGCACCGUGCAAGCGAUGGCUUUUAUUUACAUCGUCGUCACUCUCACGACUUUGGAAAAGAGAUUCAAAAUACCUAGCCGUACUACUGGAUUAAUUCUUUCCGGCAACGAGAUCUCUCAAAUUCUGUCACUGAUAUUAACCUAUUACGGAGGUUCCGGUCAUCGUCCAAGAUGGAUCGCAGUUGGUGUCGGUCUCAGCGCCUUCUCGUGCUUUGUCCUCGCGCUUCCGCAUUUCUUGUACGGGCCUGGAAGAGAUGCUCUGGCGUUGACGAAGGAAUACCUCGAUCAAACGUUGCUGAACGCUUCCACAAUUCCCGACGACCUGGCGAUAUGUCCACGCGUCGCCAAGCCGGAACGUUGCGACGAGGAAACUUUGUUAGACGUCGGCCUAUUUCCACGACUUUUGGUCUUCCUCUCUCAGUUUAUCCUCGGAAUCGGGACCACCCUUUACUACGGCCUCGGUCAGACGUAUCUCGAUGAUAACACGAAGAAAAAAAAUACUCCGAUGCUUCUAGGAGUUCGAGAUAUCGUAGUAAACAUACAGAGUGGACCACCUAGCGUGACGACCUCAGUUACUUUUUUUAUUAGUGGACCGAUCAAAAAUUUGUUUGCCACAGAUGAUACGACUUCAAAGAAUCUUCAAGAAUCUUAA